AUGAUAUACGGUCCAUGCGGAAGUCUUAACCGAAAUGCACCGUGUACAAGGGAUGGUAAAUGUUCCAAGUAUUUUCCAAAGGAAUUCCGUCCUCAGACAAUAGUUGAUCAAGAUGGCUUUCCUGUUUAUCGAAGAAGAGAUAAUGGUCACACUGUGUUAAAGAAUGGAAUUCGGUUUGAUAACCGUCACGUUGUACCAUACAAUUCAGGAUUGUUAAAGAAGUUUCAAGGUCACAUAAAUAUGGAGUGGUGCAAUCAAAGUUCGUCGAUAAAGUAUUUAUUUAAAUACAUCAACAAAGGUUACGACAGAAUCACCGCUGCCGUUGUUAGGAAUGAUGAGGUGAACCAAAAUGCCCAGAGAAAUAUCGACGAGAUUAAACAAUAUCUUGAUUGUAGAUAUGUAUCUCCUUGUGAAGCAUGUUGGAGAAUAUUCUCUUUUCCCAUACAUGGAAGAAAACCCGUUGUUGAGAGGUUAUUUUUUCACUGUGAAGGAGAGAAUUCUAUGUUUUACAGAGACAUGGAUCGCUUAGAUACCGUGUUGGAAAAACCAAGUGUCACGGAAUCAAUGUUUACUUCUUAG